AUGUCCUGGCCCCGCAUCAAAUCCCCCGACCCAUCCCUCAUCCAAGCCACUUGGCUCGGGCACGCCACAUUUUUAAUCCAAAUGGAAGGCGUCAACAUCCUUUGCGACCCCGUGUUCAGCCAUCGGUGCUCGCCGUUCUCGUUUAUGGGCCCUGCGAGGUUCACGCCGCCGGCAUGUACGAUUCCGGAACUCUUGGAGGAGGUUAAGGUGGAUGUGGUGAUUAUUUCGCAUAAUCAUUACGAUCAUUUGGAUGUGGAGACUAUCAAGGCCCUGGGGCCGGAGGUUCAUUAUUUUGUGCCGCUGAGGAACAAGGCCUGGUUCGACAGCUACUCCUACCCGCACGUCACCGAACUCGACUGGUGGAACGAACAAACACUGACAUUACCAGGCGACAGGCAGCUCAAAAUCGCAUGCACACCCUGCCAACACUUCUCCGGUCGAGGCGUUCUGGACCGCAUGGCGACGCUGUGGGCGAGUUGGGUCAUCAUUGGGCAGAAACAUGGGAAGCGGUUCUAUUUCGCCGGAGACACCGGCUAUCGCAGCGUCUCCAAAGCCGGCACCACAACAACCACCUGCCCCGCCUUCCCCCAAAUCGGCACAACCUACGGCCCCUUCGACCUCUCCUGCAUCCCUAUCGGCGCCUACUCCCCCCGUCACAUCAUGUCGCCCGUCCACUGCGCUCCCGAAGAUUCCGUCGAACUGCACAAGGAUGUGAAAUCGAAAAAGAGUGUGGGGAUGCAUUGGGGCACGUUUGUAUUGACGGAUGAGCCGGUGAAUGAGCCGCCGGUGAGGUUGAGGAAGGCGGCGGAGGGGGCGGGGUUGGGGGUGGGGGAGUUUGUGACGGUGGAUAUCGGGGAGACUAUUGCCUCGGAGACGGAGGAGGGGAAGAAUUGA